AUGGGCUGCAAUUUGUGCACCUUGCAGAAGCGGGAGGAGCACUACAAGCUGCUGUACGAGAUUGCGCAGGUGAACAGGCGUAACUUCUCCAAGGGGGAGCAAGAUGAGGCCGCGGUGGAGGGCAUACGGCGAGACCCCAUCGUUGUCCAGGUCAUCCGACCCGUCGCGCAGCAUCAAGGCGGUCCGUCGCGGGAGGCGUGCGUGGCCGACGUGUGCACGCAAACCGACAUCACUUUCGAGCACAUCAUGGCGCUGGCCAAGCUCCGACCGGCGACGCCGCCCGUGCCUGACGUCUGUCCCUUCCUUUUGUCUGACAGCUGCCAUUCUAUCCAAACUAUGGAACAUGAGUUCUAUGAAUGUCCCGAGUACCUGUCCAAUAUGCCGGCCGAAGUGGAGCGGACUGAAGAGUAUGUUUAUGAGGAAGUGGAGUUAUGCAAGCAGAACACUCAAGAGAAGCUUGGCCUAACCUUGUGCUACAGGACCGACGAAGAGGAGGACAUCGCUAUUUAUGUCAGCAAGGUGGAGCCAAACAGCUUAGCCGCAAGAGACGGGCGCAUUAGAAAUGGAGAUCGUAUUCUACAAAUAAAUGGCCAUGCGGUGCAGGAUAGAGAGAAGGCGGUUUCCUUGCUGUCAGGAGAAAAUGCAAAGAGCAUCAUCCUGCUGGUGACAAGGCCGGAGACACAGCUGGAGGAUGAUGUAUGGCUAGAUGAUGAGCAACAGGAGCUGGUAAAGGAACUGAAGAUGGAGAUGCUGGUGGAGGGGCAGAAGGAUCAUAACCUCAUGGAAGAUGAGCCUCAGGAGGAAAGGACAACCGACACACCGACCUAUUCAUCUAACAGCCAAGACAAAGACAGCGGGUUCGGGUGCAGUACAGACAGUCCCGAGCACCCACCGUUAUUGGCCAGACUCUACAGGAGGAGUCCAGCUCAGUGCUUGAGGGAACAAUGGCGAACCCAGAAUCCACAAAGCAGGCGAGUUGCUGUGCUGUCACAGGACGCCCAGAGGCAAAGGACAGUAACUAAAGGCCAAGGUUGUGAAGAGGUAGCGAGCAAUGGUGGAGGUGGAAUCUUGGGUUUGGAGAAUCACUUCCAGCAACUUCUGGAAGUCAAGUGUCAAAUACGCAAGGGCGUGGAGUGUGGGGUAUAUUCCAUUCGACACAGUAUUGAGUGCAGCCUCACAGAGCAAGGAGGAGGGGAUGGAGAUAGCGCUGAGGAAGCUGAGGAAGGUGAAGGGAUGGAGCAAGAGCUGAGGAUGUUAAAUGAAGAACUGCGGAGCAUUGAGCUGGAGUGUCAGAACAUUAUGCAGGCCCAUCAGCUUCGACAGGCCCAGGAGGCAGAUGCAUUGACGCCUCCAGCUUCCUCACCAGGUCGGAGGCUCAAGAGCCACGGGAGGCUGGCGGACAUCCAUGAACACCCUCAAAGUGAUAAGACCCGAGAGAAAGACAGCUCCAGUGCCUAUAACACAGCGGAGAGUGCACGGUCCACUCCGCUGGGUAGGGAGCGAUCACCCGAGCACUCCCUGCAGAGACGCAUUAGCAUCGCCAACCAGAAGAACCUUCAAAUGGCCUCGUCAAAGCUCUCCAGCCCCAUUCCCAAGUCUCAGGGCUCACCGGACCAAGGUGUCCAAGCAGAUCCUUGCGCUGUUUUCUCCAGCAGCCCGGACCAGAGUAACCCCUCUCGAUCCGAGUCCGACCCGGCACUUCCUGCGGACGAUGAGCGCUGCGAGAGAAAGGGGAAAACCAAAGAUCUAAAAAGAAAACCACCGUUUGCCUCAUACCAAACCAGCCCUUACCACGGCUCGCUCGGAUCCCGGCAACUUCAGAGCUACAUGCAGCUGCUACAACAGCACUCUUCCUUGGAGUAUUCCCAGAGCCAGCUGAGUCUCCUCAGUGUCUGCCGGGAUCCACUGAACCGGAAUGGUCGCUCUGGGGAACCGCGUCUGGAGUGGAAGGUUAAAGUGAGGGCAGACGGCACUCGCUAUGUGGCCCGGAGGCCCGCUCGCGACCGCAUCCUGCGGGAGCGAGCGCUCAGGAUCAGAGAGGAGCGCAGCGGGGGAAUGACCACGGACGACGAUGCCAUGAGCGAGAUGAAGAUGGGUCGCUACUGGAGCAAAGAGGAGAGGAAGCAGCAUCUGGCGCGAGCGAGGGAGCAGAGGAAGAGGAGGGAGUUCAUGCAGAAAUGCCGCUUCGAGUGUCUGAAGGAGGGUCUGGCUGGCGGGGCCGAGGGCCACAAGGAGAUAAACAUCCUGGAGCUCAGUCACAAGAAGAUGAUGAAGAAGCGAAACAAAAAGAUUCUUGACAAUUGGAUGACCAUCCAGGAGCUGAUGAGCCACGGGGCGCGAGUCCCCGAGGACUCCAAAGUCCAUAACGCCUUCUUGUCUGUUACGACUGUGUAG